GUGUACAGUCUCCUAACAACGUGGCCAAUUCUCCUUGGAAGAAAUCCCACCAAAUAAACAUAUCUAACAUGUCGGCGGCGGACAGGGCUUCUUUGUCGGGGGACAGAGCUAACUGCCGCCGGAAACCGGAUGCUUCCGGGGACUCUGCAAAGCUGGAGCAAAAGCUUGUUAGGAUCAUCGUCACAGACGCCGACGCCACCGAUUCGUCCAGUGAAGAUGAAUUGAUUUUGGGAUCAAGAACGGGAGUUAGAAGACAAGUAAGAGAGAUCACAAUUAAUCGUUACUCUGUUCUUGAUGGUUCUUCAGCAGAGUCCCCUGUUUCGGAGAUUAGCAAGAAGCGGAAUCCUAGAUCACGUAGGUCCAAAUCAUCUUGCCGGAAGAAGUUCAGAGGAGUCAGACAGAGGGCUUGGGGCCGUUGGGCGGCGGAAAUCCGAGAUCCGAUUCGCCGAAAGCGGAUAUGGCUUGGGACCUUUGAUACGGCGGAAGAGGCGGCGGCGGUUUACGACCGAGCUGCUUUGGAACUCCAGGGCCCAAACGCCAUAACGAACUUCUCCAGUGACGCAGCAGUUACAACGGCGGCCGACGGGGGUAACAAGCAGGAGGACGGCUUAGACUCGCCCAAGACGACGGCGGUUUGGUCGCCGGCGUCAGUACUCCAUUACGACGGCGUGUUUACUCCGAUAGAUGAGAUGCUUUAUUGUGGAGAGAUCGAUGAGUUCGAAUUUGCCAUGGCGACGGCUAGCUUGCCGGCGGCGCGGAGGCAGUACGGCGGCGAAGAAGAUUUCGGGGAGCUGGAGCUGGACUUGGACUAUUUCUUGGUUGACGUCAUUUACUAAGUGGGGAAGGUUCCGAACAGCAUGGAAUGUCCAUUAAUAUUCAACGAGGUUGCGAAUUAAAUAAUAAAAUGAUGAUAAAUCCAUUAUAUUAAAAAUUAGGUGAAAUUUGUGAUGUGGCUGAAAUUAAUUAUAAAUAACAAGUUUAGGGAGUGUGAUAAGGAAAAUUUUCCUUUUUUUC